AUGAAGAAUUGAGAUUCUCAGGGAUGAAAAUCGAAGAGCCGUGUUUGUGGCUCUGGCUCUCGCCGUGACGGAGGUCGAGGCGGCGACGGUAGCGGCGGUGGAUAACGGUGAUGAUGGAGGAGGAGACGACCUACUGUUGUGGAAUAACAGAGAGUCUUAAAGAAUUUUUCUAACUUUUUAUCUUUUAGCUUCUCUCUCUCUCUCUCUCUUCCUUCAAAGGACGUUUGAAACUUCCGAGACAUUGCUGCCUUUUCGAUUUAAAAGGGCAAUUCAAGGUGGAAGGAAAAGGCUAGUUGCUAUAAUUUUUUUAAUUCGAUCCAUCAAAAUCCUCCGAGUAUUGCAGAUUUUCUUGUAUAUUUGUUUCUCUCGCGGUUUUCUCCACUGCUGUUCUCAUUUUUGCGUGAAUUGAAUACUGCUAUCACGAUGCCUCUGAGAGGCAUAGUUCGUGAGCAGAGUGAAAUACGAGAAGGCAGUGAGAAUUGUUCGAGAAAAGUGAGGGAGGGAGUUCAAAUGCGUCAUCUCGGGAAGUCGCAUAUUGUCCCGGAGCAGCCUUCUUCUUCAUCUUUUCCGGUUCCGAUCGAACAGAGCCGUUGGGCGAGUUUACCUCCGGAGCUUCUUUUGGACAUAAUUCAACGAGUGGAAGCGAGUGAAACCUCUUGGCCUUCCCGCCGGGAUGUUGUUGCCUGUGCUUCAGUUUGCAGGUCAUGGCGGAUGAUUACAAAGGAAGUCGUAAGGACUCCCGAACAGUGUGGGUGGAUCACUUUCCCAAUUUCUCUGAAGCAGCCGGGACCAAGAGACACUCCGAUCCAGUGCUUCAUCAAGAGAGAAAGGGCAACGUCAACGUUUCGACUUUAUCUCGGGCUAAGCCCCGCCCUGUCGGGUAAUCUAAGUAAACUUUUGCUUACUGCAAAAAGAUUUCGACGAGCCAUGAGUACAGAGUUCAUUGUAUCAUUAGUUCCAGACGACUUCUCUCGAGCAAGCAACAAUUACAUUGGAAAGUUAAGGUCAAAUUUUCUGGGGACCAAGUUUUCGAUUUACGACAGUCAGCCUCCACAUGACCCAAAACUGCCAACCAGUAGAUCAAAGCGAAGAAUCCAUUUGAAACAGGUUUCUCCAAGUAAAACUCCGACGAACUAUACAGUUGCUGCCGUAGCUUACGAGCUGAACGUCCUCCGCACGAGAGGCCCGAGACGAAUGAGGUGCACCAUGCAUUCAAUACCUGUUGCAGCCGUGGAGGAGGGUGGCACUGCCCCAACUCCCACGGAGUUUAAAGACUGUAUCAAUGAGCAUCAUUCAUCGACAUCGAUUUGCGAAGGUAAGAAGCCGGUAAUCGAGUGUCCGAAGCCUCAAGAAUCAAUGGCUCCAUUGGUAUUGAAGAACAAAGCUCCGAGAUGGCACGAACAGCUUCAGUGCUGGUGCCUCAAUUUCAAAGGGCGCGUCACGGUAGCCUCGGUGAAAAACUUUCAGCUGGUUGCUGCUGUGGAGACAAGUGAAAAUGUGUCUGCAGCUGAACAAGAGCGAGUGAUUUUGCAGUUUGGUAAGAUUGGAAAGGAUAUUUUUACGAUGGAUUAUCGGUAUCCUCUCUCAGCUUUCCAAGCCUUUGCAAUUUGCCUUAGUAGCUUUGACACCAAGCCGGCCUGUGAAUGAUCCAUUGCUCAACUUGCUCCAAUAUUUUCCAGCUGUAUAUAUUAUUCUGGAAAGAAGCUUCGUUUAGACAUUGUAUUCAAUAAUCAGGCAACAAUCUGUGAUGAAAUUGUGGGUAGUAAAUUAUGCUCCAAAAUCCUUAUUAUCCAGUCCGCCGGAUACAGCAGGUUUCAAGCAACACUUCAAAUACCCCAA